CAUUCCAUAAAGUAAUGCUGUGUUUUUUACAGUGUGUUGAACUCCUUAGUUUUAAUGAGGUUCUCUAAAUUUUGAUAUUUAUAUAUAUGGGUCCAGGUUGGUGAGUUUUCACGUAAACUACUGAGUAAGACAGGCUGAAGAUUCUGGUAGUAAGGAUGUGUGAAAAAUCCAAGUGUCUUUAGCAUAUAGUUUGUGGGCUGGCAGCAUUUCCAUCUGCCUUGAACAGACAGGAAUUUGGAUUCUGUACAAUGCACUGAGUGUAAAUGAAGUCAUGGUGUGAAAUGCUGAGAGUCAGCACUGCUGAAAGCAGCGUAUGUUGAAGUGCAGCAUCUGUGAAUACAAAGCUGCCCUUCUGGGACACUGUGCAAAAUGAUGUAACUGAGUGAAAAAGCUCUGCAGAAAUACAUUCCACCUGCUGGAACUGAGUGUCUCUGCUGCAAUACUUCACCAGGCUUGAGUGUGAGGCUUCCUUGACCGUGCUGUGGGACUGUGUGGUAUGACAAAAGCUGCUGGCAGCAACAGCCAGAGAUCCUGAGGUUUUCUUUUGCUGCCCUGCACCUGUUCUGCAGCUCUGCUACAAAGAGGUGACCCCAAGGAAAGCCUUUAAUGCCUGUGGGGAUUCCAACAGGAAAAUUUUCUUGACCUUGUGUCUGGGUAGUUCUUGAGGAUGGCAAGCAAAGGACCCACAGCUUCUGCAUCAACCAAGAGCUCCAGCACUGGAGGGACCAGUGGCAGCAGCAGCAACGGUCCCGGGGACAACACUAAUCAGGACAACACUUUUGAAUGUAACAUCUGCCUGGACACUGCCAAGGAUGCAGUGAUCAGCUUGUGUGGGCACCUCUUCUGUUGGCCUUGUUUACAUCAGUGGCUAGAGACCAGGCCAAACAGGCAAGUGUGUCCUGUAUGCAAAGCAGGAAUCAGUCGAGAUAAAGUUAUUCCUCUGUAUGGAAGAGGUAGCACUGGGCAGCAGGACCCCAGAGAGAAAACUCCACCACGACCCCAAGGACAGAGACCUGAACCAGAGAACAGAGGGGGGUUCCAGGGCUUUGGCUUUGGUGAUGGUGGCUUCCAGAUGUCCUUUGGAAUCGGGGCGUUUCCCUUUGGUAUAUUUGCAACAGCCUUCAACAUAAACGACGGGCGACCUCCUCCAGCUGUUCCAGGGACUCCUCAAUAUGUGGAUGAGCAGUUCCUUUCCCGCCUCUUCCUGUUUGUGGCACUGGUGAUAAUGUUCUGGCUGUUGAUUGCAUAAAUCUUUUCCAUUAUUCUAUAUAUUCAUGACCAACAAGGCCACUGAAACAGUUACAAACUGCAUCCCCAUCCCACUUUAAACCUCUUGGUCUGGUUCCGUAGCUAACUAUGGGCUUCAGGAAUUGGUGGUACCACAGCACAAUGAGGAAUCUCGCAUUUUGCACCAGAGUUGCAAAUUAAACAUUGGUUAAAAAGCAUAUUUCAGCUCAGAUAUCUUGUACAACAGGUUCCUGCCACAAACCACGGGCCUAGCGUUGAGCUGUGCUCCCAAGGGAGUGCUGCUCUGAAAUCCUGUGCCAAUCAGUGACACCAGGUCUGUGGGACAGACAGGGACCCCCAGGUAGACUGGGCAGGUCAGGAAACUUCUCCAGUGUGACCAGUGUCUCAUGCUUUGCAACCACGAUGGAUCUGCCAGAGCUGCAGAUGUUAUUUAAUGUCUCCAUCAACAUCCAGCCUUCUCCAGGAAAUCACCUGCAGCACUGCUGACACUCUUUGGGCACAGCACGUGGUGCAAAUGGAACCAGGUCCGGAGACUGGUUCCUUUUCCUGCUGUUAUUUCCCGGCGUGAUGGAAACCCCUUCCUGACGUGGUUCUGACGGCUGCUGGAAGAAGGGAUACAAAUUUAUGCUGCAAUUUUUUAAAGCCUGAACAUGCUGGAGCCAGACACUGGAAGAUUCUCUGGCUGUGGAGCCGGGUGAGGCUGGACACAGCCGCUGCCUCACCCAGCCCAGUUCCUCACUGACCAGCAGUGUUGUCUCCCCUGGCUCUGCACAGCCCCGGGGCUGCACUCGUGGAUAAUCCCCUCACCCCUCACAACCUCCUCACGGUAGCCACAGUUAUCCCCUCCCAGGCCUUUGAGACUUUCUACGCAAGGUCAUGUCCUCCAAAUAAAAUCCUAUUACAGAUCCGAGAUCAGCUCGUUCGGGGAGAGGAACAAAAGGCAUCUUUACGAGAGGUUUGAGGCUAAACCUGUCAUCCUGUAAAAUUGCACAGGAGGAAAAAUGAGAUCCUGCCUUUGCCAGCACAUGCACGGUAGGGAACACUUGGAAGACCUUCUCUCUGCAGGUGCACACAGCUUCUCCGAGCCACAGCAGAACGGCCACAGCACAAGAGUCUCUGCAGUAUCUACCAAAGAGUUUAAUUUGAAGUGCUGGAGGAGACCACAGCCAUUAAUGUGCUGAGGGGAUAUUUCAGAAGGUGAGCACUCUGUAGCCGUUUUGGAAUCCUGCUGGGUAUUCAGCUUUAAAGAGUACUCCUGAUGUAUUUGUGUAGAUUCCUUCACAACAGCAGAUUAGAGAGAUUCCCUAGCAAGAUGAACAGUUUUCAUAUUUCUCUGACUAGGCAAUUCCACUUUUUUUUUCUCUUAUUGUUUUUAGAUUGUUUCGAUUCAGGUCGCUGAUAGUCUCAUUGAUUUCCUGCAAGAUGAAUAUUGUGACUUCUCUGGUGAUAGACAGAAAACUGACAAAACAAAUCAACAAAUAGAAACUUUGUUUCAAUA